AUGGCGAGAGCGACGACGACGCGGGCGUCGACGUCGACGUCGGCGUCGAGCGUUAUCCCGGGAAAGGGACCGGGAAGCCCGAAAUACGGUGAGAUAUACGAAACGCUGGUGAAGAGUAAAAAGGUGCGCGCGGCGACGGCGAACGAGGUGGCGGAGAUGUUGUCGGGGAAGAGAAGAGGCGUCGUCGUCGACGUGAGACAACCGCUCGAACACGCGGAGUGGAGGCUGGUGGGAACGAAGAGCGCACCGUAUUUAGUGCCCAUGGAAAACGUGUUGAGACGCGCGAGUGGGUACUUCUUGGCCAUCAAGGGUGGGCUGAAGGAACGCAACGUCGCGUUCGUAGACGUCGUGGCUGAGGUGACGAAAAAUCGCCGGGACGCCGUCGUCCUCGUCGAUUUGCGAGGGGGCGAUCUCGACAUCGCCCCACUCAAUGGUUCAACCGCUGUCAGCGACCGUGGAGAUUCGUUGAGCUUGCGCGCGGCGUACGAGCUCGUGCAAGCUGGGUACACGGACGUUAGAUACGUCCCUGGUGGAUUCCCGGCGCUCAUAGAUGAAGGCGGUUUGGAGUACGAGAGCGAAAAGUACGCUGGUUUGCUCGAUGCCGUCGGCGAGGGCGCGCGUAAGACCCUGAUGUACUCGAACUUAUUGCCCGAUCCAUCGUUAGCUCCCGGUUUCGUGGUGCAGAUCGUCUUGCUCGCAGCCUUAGCUUUUCUUCAGCAGCCUUAG